AUGUAUUCAUCAUCUUCACCUGUGCGUUCGCCAACAUUUGGGGUAGGAUCGACAAAUUAUCAACAACAACCUUCGACUCGAAUGAACUCUACUCCUUAUCAAACAAUGGACGACGCUGGCAGUUCAUCUUUGCGUGGUUUCAAUACAGGAUAUUCAAACAGUGCCUCAUCAGUAACAUCGAUUCCAAUACGGUCAACAACACCAUCGAGAAAAUAUACAAAUGACAUCAACACAAAUAAAUACCAAACAAAUCCCUAUCGGUCCUAUACUGUUGACAGUGAUAUUUACCGUUCAAACAAUUCAGUUGGUAAUCAACGUACCACUUCUUAUGAUGAUCUGCUGAACGGCCAAAAUCAAACAUAUCGAUCUCAAUCAUCGAUUUAUAAUUCUUCGACACGUAUUGGCGCGAAUAACAAUGAUCGUCCAUACACGCCAAAUCCGCCCACUCAUUACAUUCGUCGUUCUGAGUAUGAUGAUGAUUUAAUCGUUAAAUCAACUGAUCUCUCAGCUGCAAAUGAACAAGAAAUGCUCGAAUUAGUUCGUCUAUCGCUUCGUAAAUUCGACAUCAACAAUCAACGUGAAUUAGCUGGUUUCCUCAAACGAUCUGCCGACAAAGCCUUCUCAUCCUGUUGGCAUUGUAUCGUCGGUAGACAAUUUAGUUCGUAUGUCACUCACGAAAUGAACGGAUUCAUAUAUUUAACCAAGGGUCCAUUGUCAAUUUUGUUGUUCAAAAGUGGAACAUAG